GUUGACUUGUCUUAUUUUGCAGUUGAUGAUCAGGCUCCUGGAGAAAUCUCAAUUGACGAUUUGUUUGCUGGUCGACCGGGCAUUUGUGUAUGUCAAGCUGCCGAUGCGGCAGGCUUCUUACAAACCAUUGCGCAACGGACGGUUAGCGAAGAAGCUUCAGCCCUUCUUGUCAUUGGUGAGUUGCAAGGAUUGUCUGCGUGGGCACAAGACAAAGUUACUUCCUUGGUUGUGCCGGUGCGGGUUGGUGGGAGGCCUGCAGCGGCUACGGCAGCCCUGUUCCAGACAGGUGAUGUUCCGCUUGCCAUCCCAAAGCAGGUCUCUGUGUCUGCCAAAGACGACAAUGCGGCCAAGGUUACUACCUUGACUUUCCAGGUUGUGGUUAAGUUGGCGCAGGAGCUACCGAAACCUAUGACUAUCCGUGCAUAUUUGAAACACCUUGGUUUGGAAUCUCAUUUCCUGAUUCAGGAGGUCUGGUCGACGGGUUGGUUUUGCAAGGGAAAGAAGUGUCCUGAAACUCAGGCUGAUUAUUAUCACGGCUUCAUGAAGUUUCCUGAUGACCGUCUUUCGAAAUUGCUCCGGUUCUCUGGUCGAGCUGGCUUCUUUUGCAACCCGCGUGAUGCUUCCCGCGGUCCAGACAAACGUUAUAAGGUUAUCCCUGUUGGAGGACUACAAUGUUCUGAGGCGCUCGUGAAGCUUCGGGAUUUCCCUCAACACGCUGGUUUGGUUAAGGCGAAGCAGGGUUUUGGCAUUCGGGUGCCAUUGGCUCACUAUCAGGCUGCGAAGGAGCUUUUCACACCUGGAGCCCCACAGAGUUCAGACAGCGAAGUUGAUGGCCCGCGGCGCUUCUUUGUGAUGGGGGUGCCACGCUCUGUUGAUAGGUCUCGGCUGAAAUCUGUGUUGAAGGAAUUUCAUUGGAAGGCGGAAGUGAUUAAGUCGACAGGAGUGCAGACUUGGUUGGUGCGAGCAUCUGCUCCGCCACCUGCGCGUGCUUUCCAACUUGAUGGCGUUAGUGUCCUGAUUUCAGAAGAUGACACCCCCUCGUCAGCUAUUGUGGCGGGGCAACUACUGUCGGCGACACUGAAGAAGGUUGCAGUCGGGGUUGCGCCGGCGACAUUGCCACCAGUUGGUUCUGGUGCGGUGUCUUCGGUGCGUGAGACUCGGUUGUCGUCACUGGAAAGCCAACUGGCCACUCUGCAGCGCGAUGUGAAGGAGCAAGACGAACAGCAAGGCCUACGCUUGGACGCUAUCUCCUCCCGGACUGCGCAAUUGGAGCAUGGCGUGUCGCAGCUUUCUUCUACGGCGUCGUCCUUGGGGCAAACAGUGUCCGACCGUCUGGAUCAGGCUUUUCAAAAUUUUGAGAAGCGUCAGGAUUCUCAACUUGCAGAUGUCAUUCGUCGUCAGUCUGAAAUGAUGCAGGCUUCGGAGAAGGUUACAGCGGACCGAUUGAAGUUUCCGGUCUUCUCUCGAGAAACUGCUUUGGUCUCUGCGGAAGUCUGGGAGUCCUGUCGUUUGCUCCAUGUCACGGUGCAGGCCUGGGAUAUUCCAGUACAUGUGCUUGUUAUGUAUCUUGCGCCCAACGCGAUUUUGGGCUCUUUGAAGUACGACUCCAACUGCCGCAUCGUUGCUGCGGCAGCGUUGCUGGCAGAACGGUUGAUGGGUCCUGUGCUUUUAGUUGGCGACUGGAACUGUCCGGCAGAUUCCUUCGAGGCUGUUCGCUUGUUGGGAUCAAAUUAUGGCUUUGCUGAUCUGGCAGCCUUGUGGUCGGAACGCGCAGGGUCACCUUUGGAACCCACGUGUGCAGGUGCGACCCGCCAUUCCUUUGCUUUUGGAAAUACAGAAGUGCAGCGCUUUCUGGGGCCAGUGGAAGUGCGUCAUCCUUUUGACUUGGACAAACAUGCGGUUCUGGUUGUGGAUGUGCAAUUUCCCAGGGCGAAUCCGACCGUUCUCCGAUGGCUUCGGCCUCAGCCGUUAGCUGACCUGGUACCAGACGUGGAGCGAUUGUCUUGCCUAGGUGGUGAGGUGUUGCCCAAGUUGGCAGAGUCGGUACGUACAAGCCUUGCUGCACACCGGCCUGAUGAAGCGUUGUUGUCGUGGGCUUCAACCGUUGAGCAGGUUGUUUGUGAUGCUGCUGAGGUCGAUGGCCGGACGCGGCGUGCUUUUGUAGGACGGUGUUCUACGGAUGGCCCAGUUGCCAUGAACCUUGCCCCGCCUCGAGUUCGUUUUGGUCGGCCUGGGGAUGUGGCGUCUCCACUUCUUUCUCUUACGCUUCAGCAGAGGCGCUGGCUCCGGCAGGUGCGUCGGCGCAAGGCUCUGUUGAAGUUGCUUGAAGCUCUGGAAGUGCGUGGAAUGUUGACCGGUGAUCUGGCACGUGUUGGUGCUUUGUGGCGCGCUGUUUUGGCUUCGCCUGGUUUUGGUCAUUCCUUUGCAGGUUGGGUCCUUCCUUGA